GAGAGGGGGCGUUGUGUUUGUAUUGUCCCACUACUCUUCCUCGCUUUUCUCUUAAAUCAACUCUCGCCUCAUCACCAUUCUCCUCCUUCUGAAAGCUAAGCAAGCCAUUUAAUUAUGAACGCUUGUCUGAAGGGACGGCGAGGUCUAGUGACCUUACUUGUAGGAACAGUCCUCGGACUGUCUUUAGGAUGCGCCCUAACCCUCACCUAUGGCUUGAAACUAGGCACUUUCUCUUACAGGGAGGACUUUGAUAGGCUCCCAAGAAUGGCUCUAGAAGCUACUGAUAAAUUUCAUGGGAAUACAAGAGCGGACGAAGCUCAGUCUCCUUUGUCACAUAGUAGUAACACUAGUAGAAAUGUAAGCAAAACAACUCCUCACUUCAACUACAUCCCGAGCAAACCAAGCUCCCUUUCACCUUCCAUUAGUACCAUCUCUCACCCUCUUCACAAAAAGCUGUACCUUGUAAUACUCCUCAGCUAUGGAGCUGACUCAACAAAGCUGGAGACCAUAUACGAUACUUGGGGUAGAGAUCUUGUAGACUUAAAGUUUUUUGUGAGUUCCUCUGAACAUCAGGACCUUCAGUCUGACGGCAUGCCCAUUAUACAUCUACCAGGUCAAUCCUCCUUUCCUUCAAAAUGGCAUUACGUCGAGUCUGUACUUGAUUAUGUGUAUCAUCACUAUUCUGAUCAGUACAAUUGGUUUGUUUUAGCUAACCAUGAUGUCUAUUUGAACACCAAAGCCCUCCAGGACCUCUUCUUACGUCUAAACCCAACCAGCAAUGUGUACAUGGGUACACCGGUUGUUCCAGUGUCUCACCAGCAGGAUGACGAUGGAGACGAGGAUAAACCAUUCUCCUAUUGCCAUGGUCAGAGUAUUGUACUUAGCCAGUCUGUUUUGAGUCAUUUGGUGCUUAAGAGUCAGCCCUGUGUGAUGAAUGAUGAGGAAAUUGAAUGGGAUCACAGAAUAGGGAAGUGUCUAAAGAAAACAAUGGGCCUUGAAUGUGGAGAGAGCGUGGAUGAAAAGGUACUGAAAUACUUUGCAUAUGAUGUCUCGAGUGAUUCUAAAAAGUUAUGGGAGGAGAGCAGCACGAUACUGGACUAUUUAACACUCAAUAACGCCAAAGAAAAUGACCAGAUGUAUUCUCUCCAUUACCUGUAUAAACUAAAAGAGCUCAGUAAAGCGCAAGAGAGAGCAACUGAACUCAACGAGCACGUCAAAAGCCUCUGUCAGAGUAUGCCACACUCUGUACUGGAGGAUGAAACUAUUGAAGAGCAUUGCACUAGUUUAAGAUUGAAAACUGAUGAGUCCAACGAGAAGGAAACAGAUGAUAACUCAGACUCUGUUACAAUCCCUGUGAGCAAGUUCCAUCCGCACAAUCGUUUCCAAGUCCAGUCCUGGCAUUACUUUGAUGCUAUUAAUAUUUACGAGGAUGAGAACAGUAUGCCCCGCCGGUCACUGAGGACUUACAAAUAUCACUCCAUAGAGUUGCAGAAGGCUUUACAAGAAGCCGUAAAAGCAGCGAGCAGGCAGCAUCAUGCCAAACUGAGAUUCAAGAAAAUACUAAACGGCUACGUGAGGCACAAUCCACUUGUUGGCAAUGAGUACAUCAUAGAUGCUAAGUUUGUGGAGGCCAGGCACCCGAGGAGGAAAGUCGAGAAAAGGAUUAAGUUGCUACGUCCAUUGGCCUCAAGUUAUAUCGUCCUACCCUCAAAAUCGAACUCGACUGAAACUAUUCACUUUGUGGUCCCGAUCACCAGAGUUAACCAGAGGCUGGUUGACUUCCUUCAAAUGUAUGAGAAACUUGCUCUUAGGACGAGAGAGAAAGUCCACUUGGUUCUAUCUGUGUAUGGUGAAAAUGAUAUAGAGUUAGUGAGACAGAAUGUUACUCUCUACUCUAAGAAAUACCCAAAGGCUGAGAUAUCUGUCAUACAAGGUUUCGGAGAGUUCUCUAGAGGCAAGGCCCUUGAUCUGGGCAUGUCUAGCCUCAAAGACAAUGAUCUUGCAUUUUUCUGUGAUAUCGACAUGACCAUAGACAGACAGUUCCUUAAAAAGUGUCGCCGUAAUACAAUACAAGGGAGCAGUGUGUAUUAUCCGGAAGUUUUCAAAUUAUACAAUCGUAAGUACGUGUACAGGAAAUCCUGGCAUCCCAGUCGAUACGGUAUCAGCCGAGAGCAGGGCCACUGGGGCUACUAUGCUUACGGGAUGCUCUGCAUUUAUAAAUCUGACUACAAAUCUAUCGGAGGACUGGACACUGGUAUGAUAGGAUGGGGAGGGGAGGACGUGGACCUCUACGAGAGAGUACUGAAGAGUGGCCUAGAUGUGCUGAGAUCCCCCGAUACAAGUCUUCUCCAUCGCUGGCACUCCAAGUCUUGCAAGAUGCAAAGCUCUGAUAAAAUGUUGGAGCAUUGUCUCAUGUCACAGGCGGAAGUGCUGGCGGACAGGAGAGAGCUCGCUCGAUACAUUUUUGACAUACAGGGCCUUGAAGAGGAGUACAGUGAAGAGACUACUGCUCCAAGUGACUCUGAGAAGAAAGAGGAAGAGAAUCAGCAGCAGCAGCAGCAGCAGCAGCAGCAAGAAGAAGAGCCAUCAACGCAACUGUAACAUUACGUGUAUAUGUAUCUAUGCAUUUUAAUAAAAAUUAAUGAUUAUUAUUAUUAUUAUUAUUAUUAUUACUAUAUUAAAAGGUGCCAAAUAUAAACCGUUUGUCCCA